UUUGACAGCAGGAAGAGAUUGCAGGAGUCAAAAGCGACUCCGGAGGCCAUCUCACCGCUGCGGCAGGAGAGGUGGGAGGCUAAAGUCCCCGGAGGCUAGUCCAUGGCUGAGGAGUCCUCUGCCCGCAAGGCCCAGCAUCCAGGACUGGCCCACCGGUUCCCGGCCUCUGGGGGUACGAGCCACCUUCCCGGGAGGGGCCGGGUAGCCCAGGUUUGGGCCCGAGGUCACCACCGAGAGAGAGGACAGAGUGGCCACGGGCGGCGCGGCGCCUCUCCUUCCCACAGUUCCGCUGCUCUCUAUCCCGGAAGCUGACGCAGUGCAGCGGAGCGAGGGUUGUUUGGCUGCUGGGUGCCGUGGGAGGCAGUUGGUGUUGAGUCUCCAGGACCGUCAACAUGCCUUUGGCUAGAGAUUUAGUGCAUCCAUCCCUAGAGGAUGAAAAGAAGAAACAUAAAAAGAAACGCCUGGUUCAGAGUCCAAAUUCUUAUUUUAUGGAUGUCAAGUGUCCAGGCUGCUAUAAGAUCACCACAGUCUUCAGUCAUGCCCAGACAGUGGUUCUUUGUGUAGGUUGUUCAACUGUGUUAUGCCAGCCUACAGGAGGAAAGGCCAGACUCACAGAAGGUUGUUCAUUUAGAAGAAAGCAACAUUAAUGACCUUCAACUUCAUGAUUUCCAACAUUAUAUAUAUCUCGGAAAGCCUUAUCUGUUCAGCAGUCCCAGUUAAUCUAAUAUGUCAAUAUAACUAAGUUUUCCUUUGUAAGGUAUAUAGCAAUGGUCUGCUGUUUUGGAGUCUGUUUUACAUUAAAAUUUUGAUUAUAUGCAA